UGACAUGCAGUAUUUACUCCGGAAGUGAACUGCGCGUCAUCGGUUUUGGAGGUGCUUACAUCAUUUCCACGCAGACGACAGCUGCUAUGGCUGAGAAAGGGGGUUUGGAAGGGAAUCUUGACUUUACGCCUGUAGCGGAGCCUUCCUUGAAAAACAGGCUGAUGGCUAUUUCAUUAUCCAACACUUCGGCCCGAGAAUGGUUUCACAAGACCCGGGAACGUGUGCGACCAUGGUCAGAAUUCAUCAACACCAAGCGUUUCAAAAUGCCCAACAGUUUGAGCCCGCUGCCAACUCGCAUAGUCAAAAAUAUAGACACCUUUCAGGGAAACUAUCUGUUUGUUUUCCUUGGACUUGUCAUCUUCUGCGUCCUCACAUCACCAAUGCUGCUCAUUGCUAUAGCAGCAUGCCUAGGGGCUUGUUACAUCAUCAGCAUCAAGAACCAAAAUAAACCUUUGUCUAUCAUGGGGCGUGAAUUAAGCAUUGCACAGCAAUAUGCAGCUGUUGGUGCUCUGUCCUUUCCCCUGUUCUGGAUUGCUGGUGCAGGUUCGGCAGUCUUCUGGAUCAUUGGUGCUUCUUUCUUUAUCAUCAUGAUGCAUGCAGCAACAUUUAUCACACAGGAGGAAGUGGAGGGCUUUGACAUUGAGAUGGAUUCUAUUCAGACUGUAUAAGGAUCUGGAUUUUGUAAAAGACGCUGUAUGGAGCUCAUUGUUAGCUUCAGAGUGCCAGGCCAUACAUGUAUUACUGUGAUCAUGCUAACAUUUUUUAUCCAAAUCAGUAUCCAUGUAACAGCCUUAUGCAGUAUUGUACUGGCAAAAUGCUUGAAAUAGUUUCCAGUGUCAAGGUAAUUUUUAAAAGUAACAUUUUCGGCCUUAAAUUUUAGUUUUUUUUUUUUAGCAGAGCUUAUAUGUUCUGUUUAAAGAAGGGUGUAAUGGUUUUUUUAGGACUACACAUUUGGUGGACAAUUACAAAAUUCAGACAUUCAUGCCUUUUAAAUUUUUGCUAAUGCUGCUAUUGUCCAGGGUGAUGUCAUAUCUUUCUGUAAAUAGUACCCCUAAUUUUCAGUGUCUCAUUGGCACUGUGGACAAAUAAUUGCAAGGAACUGAAGGGCAGUCUAACUCAGAACUGAAACGGCAGUAACAUAAAUGCUUCACUUGUAAGGUACUUCACAUGGGAUCGGCCCAUACUUGCAUCAGCAUUUUUGACAAUUCUAUGAAAGCAACAUUUUAUAGCAACCCUUAUUACACCACUGUUACCAUUACAUGCAGCUUUAUACAAUUUCACUGAUUUUGAGUAAUACUGUGUACAUUUCAAGAGGGUGUCAAGUAUGGUGUAAAUAUAGAAAUUAGAGUACCAUUUUGAUUGCUUUAAUUUUAUGUUAGGAACAUUCAGAAUCCAUUUUAGUAUUUGACAUCUGCCUAUUGAACAUUGGAAUUAACUUUAAGCUGCUUAUCAACAUCAAGUAUAUACAUACUGUGAAGCAUGAACAAAUCUUUGAGAAAUGACAGCAGAUGGGUGUAAAAUGCAGAACCUUGUCAAAUGCACUCCUUAAAAACAAAACUUGGAGGUGUCGCAACAGAAAUUUUUUACUUUCACAAUAAAGCUGCAUUCAAUGAACUAGAAAUGACCUUUUUUUUGGUUCUGUUUCUGCAGGAGCUACCUGCAUCUUGCUAAUUCUUACAUUUUCUCUGCUAUGUGAACAGAAUCAGUCACAUAAUUAUAUACUAAUACUAGCACCGGGUCUUUCAAGUUGUAUAACAUGAUGUAAGUCAUAAAAACAAAAGUACAAAGCUUAGAUUUGUACUUUUUCUUAAAGUUCAUAUGCUUUUAGAAAAGAAGCUAGUUUAUGUAGAGUUCUUCACGUACUUUUGAUAAACCGUGUCAGGCUGCAAAUGCCCCAUCACUUCAAGAUGGUUUUUUUUUCCGUUUCUAUUGUUCAGAUCUGGAUGGAGAGGGAGUAUAUUUCAAAUAGUGAGGGAAUUUUUUUAACUUCUGGAAAUAUUUUAUGUGCAAUUUGGUGAUAAUAAACACUUAUAAAAGGC